AUGAUGAGCACGAUUCAUCUCAGUGCCUCUAAACGGGCUUCAACAAAGUUUCUAUCGUUUCGUUGGGGAAAUAUCUAUGUGAAAGGUCACUACGGUAUGGAUCUCUGCCGUCAGGAGUAUUACGGUAACGACUUCGCUGGUGCUACAUUCGUCGUCCGAAUAGGCGAUUGUGGAAUGCGACGGAUUAGACAACUUCAACCUCACGGCAUGAAUUACGUGCUAACGUUCGUGACGAAUUUCCAUCCUCAUUUUAUGACGAAAGUCGAUCGAGCCUAUAAUGUACGCUGUUUCUACGCCUACAUUGACAAAACUGUGAAUACUGACAUGGAAGUGAGCAACCUUCCUUCUGAAUCGUUGGAGCAGCAAGCGAUGUUGAUGCCGGAAUGCGAGUAUUCGAUCCGUGAAGCUACACCUGAUGGUCCCCGGAUUCGCACGUCCAUAAUCGGCGCGAAUCUUGUCCAUCGAUGGGACUGUCGUACUAACGCACGUUACGGAAUGCUGGUGCGGAACUGCAAUGCGAUUGACACCACCGGCUUAUCGAUUCCAAUUAUUGAUGAAAGAGGAUGUCCUGAGGCGUUGCCCGUGCAACUACGUCCGAUAGUCUACGAUCCUUCUUUAUCGUCAGCCUACAUGAUUGUCGAGGCGUUCGUCUUCCCUGACCGGAGCAAUCUUCAGUUCCAGUGUCAGCCACCGAACUGUCCACAGAUGGCACGCAACGAGUUCCUCCCAACUUCAGUUAUUGAUGCGUCAGUGAAUCCCACUCAGGUACGACCACAUGUCGAGGCGAACUUCUUCGAUCCACCGUGUUGGGGACGUGGAUUCUCGACGAGAGAACUAUCAUCACCAGGUUAG